AUGAAACUGCCAAGUUCAAGUGAAUAUCUAUCAAAAGAAAUACUAGAAAAGGAUUUUAUAAAAGUGUUUUCAACGUUCCAUAUGAUACAAAAAAUCAUGGGCGUGAGCAGAAUUGAUGCUAGAGAUCGCUUCGUUACGGCUCCUAGUAUCCCUCAGAAAAUCUACACCAUAAUAUACUUGGCAAUGUUACUGUUCAUAAUAAUUCUCUGUAUACGUAAAGAAUUGGUUUUCGGACUACUUGCUCUGGUUAUAACCUACGGCAAUUUUAUGCUUGAAAUCGCAUACGGUUCUAACCUUAUAGUCUAUUUCUAUCUGAGAGUCCGGUUCAUCAAUGCAAGCAUAGAUAAUCAUAUUCAGGCUCAGCCCAUAAACGUUUACACAACACCGAAUUCGGACUUAAAGUUUUUAGCUUCACAAUCGUGUAAUUUCAAAACAAGUGAUACAGAUGUUUAUUUAAAGAGAAUAUUUGAAUGUUUUUUAAAAUAUCAAGAUCUGUACAGGUUCCAGGUAUUCAACUUGUUCGCUGGUUUCAUUGUAUUUUGGGGACUUAGUGCGCAGAUCGUGAUCGAUGGAAUACAAACAAAUGUUCUUGGUUUGUUGGAGUGGUUAGUUAUUUCAACAAUGUGUCUAAUUGCUUAUUCCAUGCUAAUAUUUCUGUGUGUCCGCCUACAAGUAUUAUAUAUGGAUAUAAAAGAAACUAAGAGGCUAUGUGUAUGUGUCAUGUCAAUAUACUUUGAUGGACCAAUAAGGGAAAAGGCUAAGAAAAUGUACAAAUUUAUACAAGAGAACGCGUCACGCUUCUCCGUGUACGACAUGUGGUACGUGGAUGCGAGUAUCAUACUUAGGAUUCUCGGUUUGAUGACUAGUUUACUUGUCACUUUGUUGCAAUUUGCAUAUUUGUAA